AAAAUGGCCAUUCUCAAAAUCAAGUUCAACGUACAGAUGAGGGUGAAGCUGGCCCAGGGCAUGUGGCUACUCAACUGGUUUUGUGUGUUGGUGGGAAUCGUCAUCUUCGGCAUGGGCUUGUUCCUCAAGAUCGAGCUGAGGAAGCGAAGCGAGCUGAUGGACAACCAGGAGAGUCACCUGGUGCCCAACUCCCUCAUCCUAGUGGGGCUCAUGGCUUGCGCCAUCAACUGCUUUGGGGGCAAGUUUUGCUACGACUCUCUCGACCCGGCUAAAUACGCCCGAUGGAAAUCGGUGCUGAAGUUCUACCUGGGUUCCUGUGUGUUUUUCACUUUCUUCACCUUCAUCACCGUGGUGUUAUGUUUCCUGAUGAGGAUUGACCUGGAAGACACGCUGGCCAAAGGUCUGAAGAACGGCAUGAAAUUCUACCGGGACACUGACACUCCGGGCAGGUGCUACAUGAAGAAGACCAUCGACCAGCUGCAAAUAGAGUUCCGCUGCUGCGGAAACAACGGCUUCCGAGACUGGUUUGAAAUCCAGUGGAUCAGCAACAGGUACCUGGACUUCAGCUCCAAGGAGGUGAAAGACCGCGUCAAGAGCAACGUUGAAGGGAGGUUCUUGGUGGACGGGGUCCCAUUCAGUUGCUGCAACCCGGCCUCCCCUCGCCCCUGUAUCCAGCAGCAGAUCACCAACAGUUCGGCCCAUUACAGCUACGACUUCCAGUCCGAAGAACUGAACCUGUGGACACGAGGUUGCAAACAAGCACUGCUCAACUACUACGCUAAUAUGAUGCAUUCGAUGGGAGCUUUGGUCUUAUUGGGUUGGUUACUGGAGGUGACUGCGAUGGUUGGGAUGCAAUACUUGCACACAUCCCUAGACAGCAUUACAAACCCCGAAGAUCCUGAAUGUGAAAGUGAGGGUUGGUUAAUGGAGAAAAGCCUGAAGGACACAAUAACAUCGAUGCUGGAAUGUAUUAAGGAGCUGGGUAAGUUUAAUCAGGUCGCUACUGCAGCUGAAGAGGAGAAAAAGCAAGAGGGUACGACUGUCGCCACAGUCAGCUGAAGAGAAGCAACUUGUUCGGGGACAGGCACGGGUAUAGAAGCAAGUUGGAGUCAGAAGGAAAUGAAAUUGAAUAAUUGUUGGAUACAAAAUCGGACACAUAAUUCCCUUCACUAUGUAAACUAUGAAGCAUGUAUGGUAACAACUACUUAUCUGUAUUUUGUAUUCAAACAUAACACCAGUUCCGUCAAAUUCUGUUAACUCUUUUUGACAAUUGAUACACUAUGCAGUCAGCAGCAGUCUUCUUCAUUGUUUUGUACUAUAUAAAAUUUUUAUUUUAUCCACUGUAUUGCAUCUGAAGUAAGGAUAUGAUACAGGUAUAUUUAAAAUAUUCCGGCCAUCUUUAAUAUUGCUCGAAUGCAAUGCAAAAUUAUAUAGUAUAUAUGCUGCUACCAAAUAGGGUUCUACAUUAAAAGCAUCUUUGACGAAAAAUGGACAUUUACUUAUUAAAUCAAGAUUGUCCAUAAAUGUCAUUUCAACUAUUAUUCCUCAGAACAAAAAUCAGGCGUGUAAAUUGAAUUGAAGGAAAGCAUUGUGCUUAAACAGACUUGUUAUUUAGGGGGAAAUGUGGAUGGGAACCUUUAAGAAAACAUGGAACUAAAGCGGAAUCAAAAUGCAGUCUGCCAAAAUAUGCAAGGUAACCAACCCUAUCUUCAGCUAAUCAGUGGGUUAGGUUAAUGUACAGAAGGUUAGGCCAGACAAUGCAAAACAAAAUACUCGAUGUAUAAGCAGAGUCAUUCGUGUUUAUGUACAGGAAGUACAGCUAUUGACAUCCAAUUAAGACCAAACUAUGGCAUGGUUUUCUAAUUAAAUGUGUAAUUUCUAAUAGCUUUGUUGUGCAGUACGGGUUGUAUUUAGGUCAGAGACCAAAUGUAGUCAAAAUUCUCCACAACGAAUGAGUUUAAAUAUUUCAAUUCAGUUAAUAUAACAUCUCUUUGUAGAGAUGAUGAAAUUUGGAAUGUCUUCUAAAGAAAUUCUAUUAAACCAAACUCUUUCAUCAUCACUCAAAGUAUGUGUGUUAGCUGUAACUGUCCAGAGUAGCUUCAAGGAUGCAGGUCCUAAGUAUGCUUAAUACGAGUUUAUAGGAUUAACUUUUGUAAUUCGUCUCAAAUGGUGACGCAAAUUCAUCACGACAUCUAAAUUGUCACACAAAUCUGUGAUAACUAUAAGAGGAAAGAAAGGAUAAGCAUUGCCCCAUAUACUGCCACUUUAAAUUCCCUCAAAUUGCCAUGGCUACGAGACUCCUAUAAAACAUCAAUUAUACAUAUUUAUUAUUUCUUGAAAUUCACUCCUAAAUUAACCAUUUACACCUCAAAAUAUCUUAUGAUAAUACUAUACAUUUUAAAGGCACAAACAAACUAUUGUAAAAAGCGGCCAGUAGAGAAAGAGUUAUGUUCUGAGCAGAUUUACAAACCAAAACAGUAAAGUAAACAGAAAAUAUUAAUGGAGUUUGAGUUUGGCACAAAAAUGCCUGAAGUUCCAUUAUCAACUGGGGACUGAUAGACGGGGAAGGAAUACUUGGGAAGUCAGAGUCGGGAUUAUUGUGCAAAAACUGGAUAUAGUUGUCGAACAAUGUGGUGCCAGCUGACAGAGCUAACAAUGGAUAAUGAGAUCACAUUGGAUGCUUGUAAAAUUCAAUGAGUAUCAUUUACUCAACAUCUCACAGGAUAAUUCUCCAAUCAGCAGAAACAGUCCAUGAACCUUCUUUGCACUUUAAAAUGUUACAUAUUGCUCAAGCUAUGGUCUCAAUAAGCCCCAACUCAACUGCAGUAAACCUGCAUGAUUUUUGUACUCCAAUUAUUUUAUAAUGAAGGCUAACAAUUUUCUGUCCUACUUGCUUGUUGUACGUGCAUGUUAGUUUCUGUGAUUAAUAUACAAAGAUAUACAAGUGGAGUACGAACUGGAAUACUAACAUUUCCCAAUUGUAAAAAGUGUUACGUUUUUCUGUUUACAAUCCAAACUGACUAACUUCACGUUUCCUCACAUUAUGCCCCAUUUAUCCAUUCACUGAACUACCAUGUUCCCAAUUAUUUAAUUACACUUUGUCCCCUCAACUAAAUUGUAAAUAGGAUAACUUCAUGGCACAUGUAUUUGGUAAAUCCAAAUAUAGUAACACACUAGUUCAUUUAUCUGAUUUACACUGAAAAAUCUGACAAAUGUAUCAAUUUCAGUAUAAAGUGUUAAUUCGAUGAUAAUAUAAUGAAAAGUACUUCAUAAAAUAGUACAUUGCAGGCAGAUGGGCUGAAAAAAGUUCAAUAUUAAAACACAAUUCUUCACAAAUAAAA